AUGAAAGAAGAGCGGCCAAUUGUGUUGGAUGGUCUGUUCAAGUUAGAUGGACUAUAUUUUUCAAGUUGGGUACCGCGGGAAGAAAAUCUUCUAUAUAACAGAUUGUGGCCCGAUGAUCCAAGAACUAUACCUCAAUACUCGUUGAGAAUAUAUUAUUUCAAUGAUGUCGUCUCUUCACUCAAAACAAUGUCAUUUUAUUUGUCGAACCUGUUCGGUAUGCCACCAACGGCUCUCUUCUUUCCUUGUCGUUUUUAUGAAACAGAUGACAUCAAGAAAAUUAUGGAUAUCUAUUGCACUAAGGAGACUAACAUUAAUUCUCUAGAAUUGAGUAAUUACCCGAGAAAUGCAACAACUGAUGAUGAUGAGAUUCUCACUUUAAUUUUGAAACAGCAAAAUGCCACAUCAAAUUUGCAUUUAUUAUUCAAACCUACUUUGAAUUUCACAUUCGAUUUCAACACUCUUCGGAAUACACCGAAACAUCUAGAAAUCGAGUAUUCUGCGUGGGUAACUUGGGAACAAUUACUGUCACUUGAAUCUGAAACUGCUUGUCUACUGAAAUCAAACUUCCCGAGCUCAGAUUUCAAAACUUUAAUUGAGUUGUGGAGAGAUGGUUGGACACCGAAAUGGAAGAGUUUGAUGGUAGAGUUUAAGACGAGCUUGGAUAUCGAUUCUUAUGUUUCCGAUGAGUUCAAGGAGAUCGAAUCGGGCAAAGAAAGACAAAAGAGCAUUUUUUUGAGAAAUAGUUCAAUCCAGGCGUACCGAUUCACAACAAGAAUCAUCACAGCAAGAAACGUUGUCGACAAGACUGGUUAUCAUCUCACACGAUCGGAUCAAACAAUUGCUACAGUUACAAUGGAAAAUGAGAAAAUCGGAUGGUUUCAUAUUCAAUCGAACGAUCCAAAUGCGGAAAUGCUCAUCCCAGUUACUAAACCGGAACUUUUAUUUUUCAACUGA